AUGCCUCUUUGGUUGAUUUACCACACGCCGGAUAUAUUCCGUGAUAACGAAUCUCGGCAAGCACUUGCCAAAGAUAUUACCUCCGUCUACACCAACGUCGGACUUCCAGCCUUUUACGCAAUUGUUAACUUCGUUCCAAUGACAACUGGCACAUUGUGGAAAGGAGGAGAGGUUCCUGACAAGCCCUUUGUGCGGAUCUCUAUAGACCAUAUCGCUGUGCGCCUGGAUGCCACUGCUGAAGCAUACCACAGGUGUACUGAGUCUAUUGAGAAGGCAUUGAAGCCACAUCUUGCAGACAAAGGCUAUGACUACGAGUACCACGUCGACGAGACAGAGAGAAAGCUUUGGCGAGUUAAUGGAUUUAUUCCCCCGCCCUUUAAAAGUAGUGCAGAGAAACAAUGGGCUUCUAUAAACCGGCCUGUUUCAUAUGAGGACGAUGAAUAG